UGUAAAAACAUCCUGCUAUCACGUAUUUUAAGCUAGCUAAGGUGAUAAGCCAAGAUAAUUCGAUAUCACCUUCGGUGCUAUUGAAAAUUAAUAUGUACUGCUGGGGGUUCAAAACAUUCAAAACAGUUCACUGCAUACCGCCGUGGGUGGUGUUUAUUGCGAAGUGGUUGUUUUGUUUUGGUAGAAGUCAACCUGAAAGUGCUUCACAAUGUUCGUAGAGGCCAUCUUAGGCGGGUUCUUGUUAUACAUUGUGUGGGGUCUUUUGUAUAUGAGGCAGAGAAUGAAAGAGAUGUCGAAAUACUUUCCCGGACCGAAACCGAAUCCCGUUUUUGGCAAUGUACUUGAAUUUUAUGACAAAGAUAUACCGGGUAUUUUCGAAACCAUUAUCGACAUACACAAGCGUCACGGGCCCGAUAUCAUUCUCUGGACUUUGGGCAAUAUAAGCGUAAUCGAUGUUUGCAGUGCGAAAAAUGUCGAAAAAGUUGUAAUGGCCAAGCAAACGCAAAAGUCGCUACUGUAUUCGUUUGUUGAACCUUGGCUGGGAGAUGGACUGCUAAUAUCCAGUGGGGAAAAAUGGUUCCAGCGGAGGAAAAUCAUUACGCCGACGUUUCAUUUCAAAAUUCUCGAACAGUUUGUGACGGUGUUCAACAAAGAAACGGACAUUAUGGUGGAGAACCUAAGAAAACAUGUCGGCGGGAAGGAGUUCGACAUCUAUGAUUAUGUUACUCUCAUGGCUUUGGAUAGUAUCUGUGAAACCUCAAUGGGUACAACUGUUAAUGCUCAAAUGGAUCCUUGCAAUAAAUAUGUCCAGAAUGUUAAAAGAAUGUCCGUUUUAAUUUUGCUGCGAGUGGUCAGCGUCCUGGCUGGAUUUCCGAUGCUCUACACGCUACUCCAUCCGAACGCUUACGAGCAACGCGGUAUCAUCAAACAGCUUCAUAAGUUUACCGAUUCAAUUAUUAAAUCCCGAAGGAAGCAACUGGAGCAAGAAAAGAUGAAACAAGUUAAUUUCGACAUGAAUGAGGAAAAUAUGUACUCGAAGCGGAAGAUGACUUUCUUGGAUUUACUGUUGAACAUAAACGUCGAUGGAAAGCCACUGUCCGAUCUGGACGUGCGAGAGGAAGUUGAUACUUUUAUGUUCGAAGGACACGACACUACAACCAGUGGAAUUUCAUUCACAAUCUAUUUAUUGGCAUUGAAUCAACACAUUCAGCAGCGGGCGUAUGAUGAAAUUGUGGCUGUGCUUGGGAAAAAAGCGGAACCUUCGGUACUCAGUUACCAAACGUUGCAGGAAUUUCGUUAUUUAGAAACGGUAAUCAAAGAAGCAAUGCGACUGUAUCCCCCAGUUCCAUUUAUAGGCAGAAAAUUGGUGGAUGAUUUAGAGAUGAAUGGAACAGUGGUUAAAGCCGGACAGGACUUUCUAAUCCCAAUAUACGUGAUUCAUCGUAAUCCAGAAAUUUACCCCGACCCGGAGAAAUUUGAUCCGGAUCGAUUUUCCGAAACGGCGGAAUCCAAUCGGGGACCGUAUGAUUAUAUACCGUUCAGUGCGGGAUCUCGGAACUGCAUCGGUCAGCGGUACGCCAUGCUGGAGAUGAAAACUACCCUUAUCAAGCUGCUUUGGAAUUACAAAAUACUGCCCGGAGAAUCUUUACCUCGCCUGCGUGUAAAAACCGAUCUGGUCCUUCGACCGGAUAAGGGCUUGCCGGUGAAACUAAUCGCGAGAAGCUCGCUAGAAUACACUGCUUCCGAGUUGGAUGCUGAAAUUACUUCUGCGGAUGUACCGCUUGACCUAGUUGACCUAAGCACAUUCGAAAUCACUGCCGAUAUGAUAGUGACUGCUGCGAAACGACUUAAAACUUCGUUUUCUGUGGGGCCGGAUGAAUGUGCUGCGAUGUUGGUGGAGGCAAUCGUAAUAGGUAUUGCGAUUUACUUGGUGGUCAGCUUUAUGACCACCAGGAAGGAGCUGAAACAGAUGGCUUCCCACUUCACCGGUCCUAAGCCGAAUCCCAUCUGGGGAAACGUGGCCAUGUUCGCCAACAAGGAUGUUGCAGGUAUUUUCGAAACCUUAAUCGGUUUCCAUACACUCUACGGGAAGGAUAUCAUAACAUGGGGUCCGCUGAAUUUAACGAUGAUCAAUCUCACCAGUGCUGAGAACGUGGAGAAAGUAAUCAUGUCCAAGAAGACCAAAAAAUCGUUUAUCUAUGACUUUGUCAGACCGUGGCUUGGUGAUGGUUUGUUGAUUUCUAGCGGAGAAAAGUGGUUCCAAAGGAGGAAAAUCAUCACCCCAACGUUUCAUUUCAAAAUAUUGGAAAAUUUCGUUGAAGUGUUUAAUAAAGAAAGUAACAUAAUGGUUGACGUCCUUAAGAAACAAGUCGAUGGACCGGAGUUCGACAUCUAUAACUACAUUACUCUAAUGGCGUUGGAUAGUAUUUGUGAAACAUCAAUGGGAACCGCGGUGAAUGCUCAAAAAAAUCCACACAAUAAAUACGUUCAGAACGUAAAAAGAAUGUCGGUAUUAAUUUUACUGCAAACAGUUAGUUUCCUGUCUGGAUUUCCCCUGCUGCAUGCACUGUUCCAUCCAAAUGAAUGGGAACAACGAGGUAUCGUGAGACAACUUCAUCAGUUUACCGAUUCGAUAAUUGCGGAACGAAAGGCGCAACUAGGGAGUGAAAAAUUGAAACCAGUGGAUUUCACAAAUGAAGAGGAAAAUCUGUAUUCUAAACGAAAAAUGACUUUCUUAGAUUUGCUACUGAAUGUUAGAGUAGAAGGUAAACCGAUGUCCAACUUAGAUAUUCGAGAGGAAGUGGACACCUUUAUGUUUGAGGGUCAUGAUACUACCACUAGCGGGAUUUCGUUCGCCAUUUACCAGCUUGCUCUAAAUCAGUCAAUACAAGAUCGCAUCUACGAUGAGAUUGUAAAGAUUUUAGGUUCGCAGCCACUCUCUAAAGAUCUAAAUUAUCAAGAUCUUCAAGACUUCCGCUAUCUUGAGGCCGUGAUCAAAGAAUCAAUGAGAUUAUUCCCACCUGUUCCACUGAUUGGAAGGCAGCUGGUAGAAGAUUUGGAAAUGAAUGGCACCACUGUUAAAGCCGGUCAAGAUGUACUAAUUCCAAUCUACGUGAUUCAUAGAAAUCCGGAAGUUUUCCCUGAUCCGGAACGCUUCGAUCCGGAACGGUUCACCGAGGCAGCCGAAUCUAAUCGGGGACCGUACGAUUAUAUUCCGUUCAGUGCUGGCUCAAGAAACUGCAUUGGACAACGCUACGCUAUGCUGGAAAUGAAGGCCUGUCUGAUUAAGUUGAUUUCCGCAUACAAAAUAAUACCGGGAGAGUCAUUAGGACAGCUGCGAGUUAAAACAGAUUUGGUACUGCGUCCGGAUAAGGGAAUACCGGUUAAGCUUAUUUCAAGAGAAUAACUUGUUCGAAUAGCUUAGAGUUGUACCAUUAUUUAUUCACUGUCGUGAAAAUUAGCAUUAACAGUUAUUCACAUAUACUAUAUUAAUCAAAACUUUUUCAUCUAAGAAAGUGACAAAAAAAAUCGAAAUUGUCGAAAAAGCAAUUUAAAAAAUAUAGAGCAUGUCGAAAAU